AUGUCUUCUCUGAUUGGCAAAAGUCGCAAGCCAAAAUUUGAGCUUCAUCUCAAAAUAUAUGACCUGAACAAUGUUCCGCUGGUCAACGGCAACUCAUACAUAAAAUGGCAUCUCUCCCAUUCCAUGCACGCCGAGCAUCGUGGGCGCACCGGCAAAUGCCCCAUCGCAAACCACAGAGUCGAUUAUGAUUUCAGCAAAAUCGUAUCCUCUAUUCGCAUAUCCAUUGACAAGAACAACAUGCUCUCCGAGUGUCCCUUUGAGCUCGAGGUUCUGCAAGAAUUUGCCCAUGCCGAAAAAAUAACCCUCGGCCAUGUCAAACUGAAUCUCAGCGAAUUUGUCGAGGAGAGCGAGCCGUACAGCAAAGAUGCCUUGUCCCCUCCCAGGAUUCGGAAGCAAAGUACGGGCGGAAGCAGCAUCAGCCUUUCAAGCUCAAACCGUCGAGCUAGUUCAGAGAGCCGCCCUGCACAAGAAGGCAUCAUUCGAAGAUAUCUCAUGCAGGACAGCAAGAUCAAUAGCACCCUCAAGAUUGGCAUUCUCAUGAUUCAAAUCGACGGCGAGCGCAAUUUUGCUGCGCCUUCUCUUAAAACUGCUCCUGUUUUUGGCGGUAUUGCUGGAUUCAUGGAUCCCAACCAGAUCGAAGACGAAACUGGGCCCAUGCCCAGCUUUAGCAAAAAUCGAGACAAUGCCGAAGUUCAGGACCUCUAUCGCCGCACAUUGGCUGCAUCGUGGUCGAAACAGCCAGCGCAGCUUCCUGCCGAUGAGUGCAUCGAAGAUAUCUUUGCCGGCGGCAACGGUUGGAAGGCUCCCAAGACGGGGUCUGCUAAGCGCGAUCCGUCCUCCUCCAAUACAGACCCCGAGGACUUGGAGGUUGACGAUCUAGGCAACAACGGUACCCUGCGCCCUUCUGAUUUCCGCCGCCUUGGUAUUAGCAAUCAUCGUCGACACCACAGUGCCUCCUCUGACAAAAGUGUCUCCACUGUCACCGGCGGUGGACAUCAUCGCAACUCUCCUAGCCCCCGCAAGUCCCGCACUCCGCUCAACAGCCGCCAGUCUUCACACGUGGACGAAGACCACCAUGCUGCCCGCAGCAGCCGCAGCGAUAGCAUGGCCAGUCUUGUCCCAACAUUGGGCAGCAGUUCAGGAACGGAGAAUAAUGGACGAGAACCGAGCUACAAGCACCAGCGUGAGGUUGGUGAAGAUGAGCUUCGCGAUGAUUUCGUGGCAUGGCAUCUUCCUGGGCAGGAAGGUCUUGCCGCAUAA